AAUAUUGCAGGAGGAGAAAGUUUUGAGGAAUCACUGGAGUGAGAACCGUAGGACUGCAAUAGCACAGGUCAUUUUCUGCAACUUUGACAUUGAGAAGGCAAAUUCGAUUUGAAGCGCUAUUUUUUUUUCCGCCAGGCCAUCUUCUGCAUUUCUUCAAGUGACGUUAAAGUGAGGUCCAAGCCAUGCCAGUCCUGUGCUGCUUUGCCGCACUACUUUCUGUUUGGGCACUAUGCCAGGCCCAGUCGGACACCCAGCUGCCACCUGGCACCCCCGCCAUCCAGCUGCGUCUAGCGGGCGACAAACGGAAGCACUACGAGGGCCGGGUGGAGGUCUACUACAGUGGGGAGUGGGGCACGGUUUGUGAUGAUGACUUCUCCAUCCAGGCGGCCAGUGUGGUGUGCAGAGAGCUUGGCUAUGUAGAGGCUGUGUCCUGGUCACCUUCCUCCAAGUAUGGCAGAGGAGAAGGUCGGAUCUGGCUGGACAACGUCCACUGUACAGGGCAGGAGAGUACCCUGGCCCAGUGCCAGUCCAAUGGCUUUGGGGUGUCUGACUGCAAACACUCUGAGGAUGUGGGGGUGGUAUGUAGCCAGAGACGCAUCCCUGGCUUCAAAUUCAUCAGUACCCUCACCAACAACAUUGAGAGUCUGAAUGUACAGGUGGAAGAUGUGCGUUUCCGGGCCAUCUACUCCCAGCGUAAAAGGAUCCCUAUUUCAGAGGGCUACCUGGAGGUGAAGGACGGUGGGAAGUGGAGACAAAUCUGCGAUGCGGAGUGGACUGACAUGAACAGCCGGGUUGUCUGCGGGAUGUUCGGCUUCCCUGGAGAGAAAGGAUACAACACUAAAGUCUACAAGCUGCUGGCCAAACGGAGGAAGAAGAACUACUGGGGGUUCGGAGUGAAUUGCACAGGGAACGAGGCCAGCCUGCAUGAGUGUAAGCUGGGCCACCAAGUGGAGCUUAAGGGGAACCUCACAUGUGAGAAAAACUUGCCUGUGGUGGUCAGCUGUGUCCCUGGACGUGCCUUCGCUCCCAGCCAUGCCCUGGGCUUCAGCAAGGCCUACAGAGUGGAGCAACCCCUGGUGCGCCUGAGAGGCGGGGCAAACAUAGGAGAAGGUCGAGUGGAGGUUCUGAAGAACGGAGAAUGGGGCACCGUCUGUGAUGACAGCUGGAACCUCAAGGCAGCCACCGUGGUGUGUCGAGAGCUUGGCUUUGGUAGUGCCAAGGAGGCCCUUUCUGGAGGCAGGCUGGGACAAGGAAUGGGUCCGGUCCAUAUGAAUGAGGUGCAGUGCUCUGGUUUUGAAAAGUCCCUGACAGAGUGCCGCUUCAACAGAAAUUCCCUGGGCUGCAGCCACGAGGAGGACGCUGCUGUUAGAUGUCAUGUUCCAGAUAUGGGCUUCAAGAAAAGACUGCGUCUCAGCGGCGGGCGGAACCCGUCUGAGGGCCGCGUGGAGGUGCUGGUGGAGAAGAACGGGUCGUUGGUGUGGGGUACUGUCUGCAGCGAAAGCUGGGGCACCAUCGAGGCUGGGGUCGUGUGUCGGCAGCUGGGACUGGGUUUUGCCAGCAACGCCUUUCAGGAGACCUGGUACUGGCACGGAGACGGGAGCGCUGAUGACGUGGUGAUGAGCGGGGUCAGGUGCUCCGGGACGGAGUUGACCUUGAACCAGUGUCUUCAUCAUGGGAAGCACCUCCAGUGCCCCAAAGGGGGUGGCCGCUUCGCUGCUGGAGUCUCCUGCUCCGAGACUGCCCCAGACUUGGUUCUGAACGCCCAGGUGGUGGAACACACUACCUACUUGGAGGACCGUCCCAUGUAUGUGCUGCAGUGUGCCCACGAGGAGAACUGUCUGUCCAGCAGCGCCGCAACCGCCACCCAGGCGUCCUACCGCCGACUGCUGCGCUUCUCCUCCCAGAUCCACAACAACGGACAGUCGGACUUCCGCCCCCGGGCCGCUCACCACUCCUGGAUCUGGCACGAAUGCCACAGACACUACCACAGCAUGGAGGUGUUCACCCACUACGACCUGCUGAGCCUCAACGGCACCAAGGUAGCCGAGGGACACAAGGCCAGCUUCUGUCUGGAGGACACCCAGUGUGAAGAGGGUAUUGAGAAGAGGUAUGAGUGUGCCAACUUCGGACAGCAGGGCAUCACUGUGGGCUGCUGGGACACCUACCGACAUGACAUUGACUGUCAGUGGAUAGACGUCACAGACGUUAUGCCUGGAGACUACAUAUUCCAGGUUGUGAUCAACCCCAACUAUGAGGUGGCUGAGUCGGACUAUACCAACAACGUUCUGAAGUGCAGGUGUCGAUAUGACGGACACAGGAUAUGGACCUACAACUGUCACAUAGGUGGAUCAAUGAGCUCUGAGUCAGAGGAAUCCUCUUUCCCAGGCCUUGUGAAUAACCAGUUGGGACACAGGUAGUGUGUAUGGAUUUGAUACGAAGAACAUGAGGAACUGUUUUGAAACUGAUAAGAACGACCAGCAAGACUUUACCAACCACUAAAGGGCAUGUUGUUCUGCCUUCUCCCCCCCUGUUAACGCUGGAUUUAACACAGAGAAGCCUAUCACACCUCAGUACCAACAUCUGAUAUAAAGAUGUUGACAACAUGUUUAUAUAUAUUUUUUAUAUCAAGCUUGAAGAAGCACCUCUGUAUCUAAAACAAUCUCAGUAAUUUAUGUUGAAUGUACAGAUGUGUGCUGGUGCAAUUUACAUUUUCUGACACUUAAAGGAAUGUCAUUUGACUUGCAUGUUGAGACAUUGUACUGUUGCUGUUCAUUUGCAUUUGUUAUGAACAGUUGUUUGAGCAAGUAGAAAAUUACUAGAUUUAUAAUCCUCUUUUCUAGUCCAUCCACUUUCUUCAGUAGCCUUUUGAUAGUCCCUUUACAUAAGUCUGUUGGCUCACUCUAGUGUUGACUUUGAGAACUGCUACUGUGCCACCAGCACUCACAGCCAGACAGCAAAAACACUGCACAUGUCUAGCUGGAAAACCCCACAGCAAGCUAGCUUAUUCUGCAAUAGUACAGUAGUGUUAAGAAGCAGAUGAAUUGUCACAGUGACCAAUCCAAUUAUCGCAAACAUAUUGCAUAUUCUCAAAGCAACAUAAGUGCCUAUAAUGUUGAACUACCACUGAUAUACAUUUCCUUUAACUUAUAAAAUACAUUUAGAAACAGUUUCAGGACAAUUUGUGAUGAACAAUUCAGUAGGAAGCCAUUGUAAAUAGGAAUAGUUAGAGGUGUAUUUCCUGAGGUUGAUCAUUAAGGACAAGGCAGAACUGUUACCACCAAACAGCUACCACUUAAUAAAGAAAAAAGAAAUAUCUAUGUUUUUCCUAAGAAACAUCCAUUUGUACAGCUCUAAAGAUGCAAUGAGGAUUUAUGCCAGAAUUCCAACUAACUGUACACAAACCUUUUUCCAAAUUGAUCCAAAAAUACCCAUGCAUUAAGAAGUUUGAGUCAUUUAUGCAAUUUGUGUUGGAAUUCUUGCAAGUUUAAAUUUCUUGUAUCACUUAAUAUAUAAACAUAUUUCAAAUCUCAACUUGAAUAUAUUUAGGUUCUCUUAUUAGCAUAGUACAUUUAGCUUGGUUAAUUUUUUCAAACAUGAUUAAAUUAUUACCAUCAGGGACUCCUAUCUGUUUGUUUUAUUCUAUUCCAUAAAUUGUGACAUUUGUGAAAAUGCACCUUGGCAUUGUUUCAUCCUAUGUAUGUGAGAAAACGAGUACAGGGCCCUUUAUUCUACAAGUGUCCUCUUUGAGUGUUUGUCCUAGACUGUAAGCACAGUUGAAUGGAAAAGCAGUAUGUGUUUGCAUUAUGUUCUGGGAAAUAAACACUUUACAAGCAA